GCGUGCAGCACGUGGGGGUGGUGCUGUUCGGCCGGCUCCGGUGCUCCUUGCUUGCGGGAGGUGAGGGUGACCGCCGUGGCAGCUGCGGGGAGGAGGGACCCGACGCAGGGGGCUGUAGGAACUCCGCGAAGCACCAAGCCCCGCUGAGCGUCAUGGAGGAUUCCGGGGAGCAGCCAAGCCCACAGCCACUGCAGCCGGCUGACCACUGCAUCCGCGACGGCGACUUCGUGGUCCUGAAACGGGAAGAUGUGUUCAAAGCAGUGCAAGUUCAGCGCAGAAAAAAAGUAACUUUCGAAAAACAGUGGUUCUACCUGGAUAAUGUCAUUGGCCAUAGUUAUGGAACCACGUUUGAAGUGACCAGUGGAGGAAGUCUUCAGCCUAAGAAGAAGCAGGAAGAGCCCACUUCAGAGACUAAAGAAGCAGGCACUGAUAAUCGAAAUAUAAUUGAUGAUGGGAAAUCUCAGAAACUUACUCAAGAUGAUAUAAAAGCUUUGAAGGACAAAGGCAUUAAAGGAGAGGAAAUAGUUCAACAGUUAAUUGAAAAUAGUACAACAUUCCGAGACAAGACAGAAUUUGCCCAAGAUAAAUAUAUAAAAAAGAAGAAAAAGAAAUAUGAAGCCAUCAUUACUGUUGUGAAGCCAUCCACUCGUAUUCUUUCAAUUAUGUAUUAUGCAAGAGAACCUGGAAAAAUUAACCACAUGAGGUAUGAUACCCUGGCCCAGAUGUUGACAUUGGGAAAUAUCCGUGCUGGCAAUAAAAUGAUUGUCAUGGAAACAUGUGCAGGCUUGGUGCUGGGUGCAAUGAUGGAACGAAUGGGAGGUUUUGGCUCCAUUAUUCAGCUGUACCCUGGAGGUGGGCCUGUUCGGGCAGCAACAGCGUGUUUUGGAUUUCCCAAGUCUUUCCUCAGUGGUUUGUAUGAAUUCCCCCUCAACAAAGUGGACAGUCUCCUUAAUGGGACAUUUUCUGCUGAGAUGUUGUCUUCAGAGCCUAAAGAGAGCGCCUCGGUUGAAGAAAGUAAUGGUGCACUCGAGGAAAAGCAGGCUGCCGAGCAAGAGAAUGAAGACAGCAUGGCCGAGGCCCCCGAGAGCAACCAGCCAGAAGAACAAGAAACAGCGGAAAUUGAUGCUCCGGACCCAGAAUACAAAGAACCUAAAGAAAAAGACAGCAAAAAAGAUUAUAUUCAGGAAAAACAGCGGAGACAAGAAGAGCAGAAGAAAAGACAUUUAGAGGCUGCUGCUCUGCUGAGUGAAAGAAAUGCAGACGGCUUAAUUGUAGCUAGUCGUUUCCAUCCCACUCCACUGCUGCUGUCUUUGCUGGACUUUGUGGCACCCUCCAGGCCAUUUGUGGUCUACUGUCAGUAUAAAGAGCCUCUGUUGGAAAGCUACACAAAACUGCGGGAGAGGGGCGGCGUCAUCAAUCUCAGGCUGUCUGAAACCUGGCUCAGAAACUAUCAGGUUUUGCCAGAUCGAAGUCAUCCCAAACUGCUGAUGAGUGGCGGUGGGGGGUACCUUCUCUCAGGCUUCACUGUUGCCAUGGACAACCCAAAAGCAGACACCAGCCUGAAACCCAGCGUGAGCACAUUGGAAUCACAGGAGACCGAGGAGCCGGCAGCUAAGAAACGGAAAUGCCCGCAGUCUGGCUCUUAACGCUUCAAGAAUUGCUUUUUGUUCUCAGGCGUUAUACAGUUAGCAGUUAACCUUUAAAUGCCAUUUCUAAUGGUUUUUCCUACCCCGAGAAUAAGAACGUGUCCAUAAAUGCCUUUGUGGGAAGAGGAGUAAGCCUUUUGUGUAUCUGUGACACAGAUGGGAUUGGGCUGGCAAAGCUGCAACCCUGGGGCAUGCAUGGAUGGAUAUGAGCAGUUCUGUUUGUUUACAGAACUCCCCUCAGUACUUCUAAGUACACAGAUAUUGCGAGGAUUUCAGCAUCCUCUGAGUUUUGUUUCUAGGAGACUUGUGUGUUUUCAGCUAAGUGGAGUAACGCAGCUUAGCUAAAAGUUGGUGAGUACUGAAAGGAAAGAAGCAGUUUGUGGGAGAAAUCUCCCCUGUUCUUUCCAUUCUCUUCAACCUGAGCAAUAUGGAUGUGAGAGUGUGAGAUUUACAGUACCAAAAAUGUCCACCCUGUUCCCUGCAGUAGAAUAAGCUUUGUCUCUGCUGGGUUCUCUUUUAAUAGUUGAAAAACUGGGAAAGUUCUGAGUAUUUAUUUUACUCCUUUUUUUGUGCAUACAAAGAUUUUAGUAGGAUACUUUUUGCAUUUUCUGAUCCUCUCAUUCUUUAUUCCAAAUAAAGUGACUAGAAUUUUUGUGUAAUAUUCAACUGAAGGAAACAAAUUUUUUUAACUCUUCAGAGACUUAUUGAUACACACAGGUACACUGUAUAUAUGUGUAUAGAUAUUGCCAUAUAUACGCCACACGAAGACAGAGAAAGAAUGCACUACCUAUACAUACAAGACACACAUAGAGUGUACUAUUUGAACUAUAACAAAGUUUAUGCAGAACUUGGACCAGUUCUCAUUGCAUUGGUGUCACUCCUUGUCUGAUGUAUUCUAAAGUGCCUUCUUUGGUGGUUAUUAAUGCUGAUCUAAAGAGUUCUGGCAUGAUUAGUUUAUUAGUCUGUAUAAGCUCUGGAAACCUAUAAUCAAGCUGUUUGAUCAUCUGUUGCAACAAAGAACCGUGUGUAGAGUGAGUCAAGGCCCUGGCUCACCAGAAAUGUUCACUGUGUGUAUUGUUCAUCUCAUCAUAGAAUGGAUGCAUAUCAUCCAGCAAGGAGCAUCUCAGAAAAAAAAAAUUUCUUUGUCCUGAUAGCAUGUGCUCCUCUGACUCCUCUGAUAAUGGCCAGUGCGGUUACCAACGAGUACAGCUUUGAUUCCUUUUUCUUAAAACAGUUGCUUUUAAAAAAUAAAAGUGUUUCUAUGAUCUGUUUGACUAACA